GCCCGAUCUGUUAUCUGGGAGCCGGGUUCACACAUCGUUGCGGGCCCGAGGAGGCCCUUUCGAUCCGAUCAUCCUCGAAAAUCGUCUCUCUGCAGAUACACUGCGGACCUAACUCUUAUUCACCCUCCUCCAGACUCAAACAAAGCCCACUCUCACGACGUUCCUAAGCGCCUCGCCUCCGAGCAUUCCUAGGCAACCAUUAUCAUAGAGCUGCUGUCCCGCUUCCUCUCGCUGCAGCAUCGAGCUACCCAUCACUACCUACUCAGUUCUCCCUACGUUUCUUUCUCCCCUUUGCACGCAUCGGCACGCCCUGUUCCGGGAACAGCCAAGAUGGUUUGCCAACUUGCAAUCACAUCCAUGUCGCUCGGUCGGUGCUAUGCGGGCCACUCGUUUGCUAGGAAGUUGGAUGCCGCCGCGAAGUACGGAUACGAGGGCAUCGAGCUGUUCCAUGAGGACCUCGCAGACGUGGCCUACAAACUAUCAAAAGAGACCCCGAGCCCAUCCGGCCCGUCGCAGCAAGCCCAGCUUGCCGCGGCUCGGCACAUCUGGUCGCUUUGCCAGGCAAGAGGCAUCCAGGUCCUCUGCCUGCAACCAUUCAGCCAAUACGACGGCCUGCUCGACCGGGCGGAGCACGACCGCCGUCUUGAGCAACUGCGGUUUUGGUUCGACCUUGCGCGCGAGCUCCACACAGACAUCAUCCAGGUUCCUGCAAACUUCCUACCGGCCCAGCAAGUGACGGAAGACCUGAACCUCAUCGUAUCCGACCUGCGCGAGGUGGCCGACAUGGGCCUGCAAGCGAGCCCUCCCAUCCGCUUCGCCUACGAGAGCUUGUGCUGGAGCACCCGCGUCCACACGUGGGAGCGGUGCUGGGAGGUGGUGCGGCGGGUCGACCGUCCCAACUUCGGCCUGUGUCUCGACACCUUCAACAUUGCCGGCCGCAUCUACGCCGACCCGACCGUCCCCUCGGGCAAGACGCCCGAUGCCGAAGACGCAGUGCGUGAGUCCAUCGCCCGAUUGGUGCGGCAGGUCGACGUCAACAAGGUGUUCUACGUCCAGGUCGUCGACGCAGCGAAACUCAGCGAGCCCCUUGUUCUGGGACACGCCUUCUACGACCCUGAGCAGCCGGCGCGCAUGAGCUGGUCUCGGAAGUGCAGGCUGUUUUACGGGGAGAAGAACCGCGGCGCGUACCUCCCUAUCCGGGAGAUUUCCGAGGCCUUUUUUCGCGGGCUUGGCUUCCAGGGAUGGGUCAGUCUGGAGCUGUUCAACCGCCGCAUGGAUGACGCAGACUGGGAUGUGCCCGACGAACUCGCGCGUCGGGGUGCCAUCUCGUGGGCCAAGCUGCAGAAGCACAUGGGGUUCAAGACCAGCAUGGCACUGUCUGACAAAGAGCAUGCAUUCUUGUAGGACGAGGAAGCGGAAGGGGAAGCGGACGGGGAAGGGGAAGGGGAGGCUUCGUAGCAGUCUUUGUCUUCCCUUGGGCGUUAAAGCGGAAGGAGCUGGGACAGGGAGCGG